GGUUGCAUUACAAUAGCAUAUAUUUAUGUAAUAUCCUGCUUUUCUUGUCCUGUGCUUCAGUGUGAGCAGCUUAAUGAAGGAUGAUCUUAGAGUGUCUUGUAAAUCUGUUGUAUGCCAAAAAGAAAUCAUAGUUUCACAGUCUGCAUCUCCCUUCCUCUUGUGACCAGUCUGCAGAAUAUGAUAUAUAUUGAUUAGCUAUCUGAUAUGCAAGAGAUAAAUUUGUGGUAUGCUGAUAUGCACGUUUUAGUAGGAAAAUAUGUCUGGGUAUUAGUAAUGAAAGCUGUACAUAUAUUCUAGUCACUAAAGUUUUAGUAUUCAGAAUCAUUAAUUUGUUUUUUCUUUACCACUAAAUAUGUCUUGGUCACUGUAACUUGUAAAUAAACUAAUAAUAAAGAUAUAUUUCUAUUGUCUAAAUAAUGGAGACUAAGAAAAAAGACAAAAGCUUGGGAAAACAAAUUAUUUUAAGUUUAAUCUUAGGCUGUAACACAUGACUUAGUGAAGUCUUAAAGUAUAUUCUAGGAAAUGGCAAAUGCCUAAUACUAUCUAAUGUUCUGUGCAAAAAAGAAUGCCAAAUUUUGAUUGGUUUUCGGGAAAUACACAGUGUGCAAUACGUUAUUCCUCUGAUUGGGCUCAGGAUUUAUGUAAAAUAUAGUUUAUAUACAUUCCCAAUUUGAUUCUUUAGAAUUCUUUUAUGUUUUCAUUUAUUAUACCUAAUCAUUUUCAUAAUGAAGAUGGUUUCUUUGUGGCAGUGAUAUAAACACACAACCUUCAGCAAAUCAACUGUUUGCCAUGUCUUUAUACAUUCAGCUCACCUGCAGUUGUGCAACAUCCUGUACAACUGCAUGAUGGGACAAAGGCCAUCCUGGGUACCAAUGAGUUCAGAGACAGUAUGUGUAUGAAUAGUCUGUACUCUCUGGCUGUUCAUGUACCCUGUGAUUUCCCUUCCUUUUAAAACUUAUUGAAAUUGGGAUUGAUAUAGUCUGAUUGCGAGCACACGAGGCUGUGAGCCAGUCGGCAGGUACAGUAUCUUAGGACGAAACACCUCCACGCAGCCAGCAUGACAGAACACUUCUUGGACGUGGAGCAUACUGCUGGUCCAUCAUCCCACAGACUGUUGAUGCCUCACUCAUCAAUAGCUGGAAGUGUCUCGGGCCUGUCGGUCACCUCUCGGACAUCGAGGAUCUCUCAUGCCACGACAAUCCGUUCUGUGGCAACGCUAACUGACACUCUGAAGACAAAGACUGGCCUGUCCAUCCCCAUUCUGCCCGAUGCCAUCUUCACCAACGUACAGCGUGGUUCCGUCCUGGCGGCAACUUAUUCUAUUAUUCAAGGGCUAUUUGCAAUUGUUACUGGAUGCUUUGAUAUCUAUGCAUUGUCACUUGCUGCCCCAGGUUCCAGCCACUAUGGAUUCUACUUGUUUUCUUACGAUUUUGUAUAUUCUGGAAAUCCACAUGUCCGCAAUUCCCUGAUGUUGUUUGGUGGCAUCACAGCCUUUGGAGGAGUCUGCCUUAUCGUUACCAGUGUUGUACUUCUGCAAGGCUUGAGAAAGGAGAUUGAGUUCCGCAUGGAGCCCUGGAUUUGGUGUAUGGCCCUCUUCACUGCCUGGCGUAUUCUGAUCACCAUUUAUUCAUCAAUUGUCAAUGAUAUGGUGUUUGCCUAUCACGUAGUUAUGUGUCUGCUCUGGCUUCUGUUCAUCGGAGGCAACAUAUUCGCAUGGUUGGUUGUUCACUCCUUCUACCAUGAACUGUGUGAGGUUACAAGGCUUGAAGAUGUUGCCAGGGUGAAGAUGGACACAAUGAGCACGAUGGGCUUCAGUUCCCGUCCCACCACUCCUGGCGCACGUUCCACCAUUUCCACGCAGUUAGAUUAUAGAGUGUAGAGUGUAGAGUCUAGGUUAAGGAGAAAAUGUGAAUUGAUGUGUAAAUGAUGCAGAAAGCUGUACUUUUUGCUGAAAUUGAGUAUGAGGAAGGAAAAUUACCCAUGGGAAUUUAUUUUCUUUAUUCAUAUAAUGAUGAUUUUUUUUUUUUUUUUACAUGCUAUGAAGUACUCAUUGCAGAUCUAAAUUUGCAGAUUUUAUCUAAUUAAUAGUUCAGCAAAUUAAUUAUUUUGUAAAAAAAUUUUUACUGAGCACAUUCCAUGUUGUCUUUGUAUUAGGUAGACUAAAUAAAAGAAGGAUAUAUAAAUAAAUAGUAGUAUUCAGGUUAUUUUCAUACUUUCAUUUUCAGUAAUCAGUAUUAUAUCUGGUUAAGUGAUUCUAUGAGAUUGAC